AUGGCAGAUGACUCUGGUGCUACAGGAGGUGCGGGAGGCCCUGGGGGCCCCGGAGUCGGAGGUCGGGGUGGCUUCCGCAGUAGCUUCGGCAGUGGGGGCCGAGGUCGAGGCCAAGGCCAGGGCUGCGGAGCCCGGGGAGGAAAGGCCGAAGACAAGGAGCGGGUUCCUGUCACUAAGCUAGGCUGCCUAGUCAAGGACAUGAAGAUCCAGUCUUUGAAAGAGAUCUAUCUUUUCCCGCUCCUUAUCAAGGAGUCUGAGAUCAUAGAUUUCUUCCCGGGAUCUCCAUUGAAAGAUGAGGUUCUGAAGAUCAUGCCUGUUCAGAAACAAACUAGAGCUGGACAACGUACUAGGUUCAAGGCUUUUGUGGCCAUCGGUGACUACAAUGGCCAUGUUGGUCUGGGUGUCAAGUGCUCCAAGGAAGUGGCCACAGCUAUUCGUGGUGCUAUCAUUCUGGCCAAGCUGUCCAUUGUUCCUGUGAGAUGCAGCUACUGGGGGAACAAGAUUGGCAAGCCUCACGCAGUGCCCUGCAAGGUCACUGGGCGAUGUGGAUCGGUUCUGGUGUGCCUGAUCCCCGCUCCUAGAGGUACUGGCAUUGUCUCAGUUCCUGUGCCUAAGAAACUCCCGAUGAUGGCUGGAAUUGAUGACUGCUAUACUUCUGCAAGAGGCUGUACUGCCACUCUGGGUAACUUUUAG